GAACCACUGCGCUUUGUCUUCGGGGUUUCCUCUUGAGAGAUCUGGAUCAGAUGAGUUUUAAAAAGCAAACCGGUAGCAUGGAGCUGGGGGAAUGCAUCAGUAACCCGGGCUUUAAGGAUGUAGUGGACGGUGCAGCGGACGCCGACGCCGCCGUCCCCGGGGAGCAGGAGGACUCCAUCGCGGUGAAGCUGGAGGAGGUCGCGGCUGAAGAGAAGUACACGCAGCUCAAGCCGUACGCCGGGAUGCCCAAGGAGGUGCUGCUGCUGUACUCCUCCCGGGCCCGGUACCGGGUGCCCCGGGAGAUCCUGUUCUGGCUCAUGGUGACCAUCACCCUGGCGCUGGUGGCGAUCACCAUCGCGCUGAUCGCGCUGUCGCCGUCGUGCCUGAGCUGGUGGCAGACCUCCCCGGUGUACCAGGUGUACCCCCGGUCCUUCAGAGACUCCGACGGAGAUGGGGUCGGAGACCUUAAAGGAAUUCAUGAGCGGCUCGAUCACUUCCAGUACCUGAACAUCAAGUCCAUUUGGAUCAGUCCUUUCUACCGCUCUCCCAUGAGGGACUUCGGCUAUGACGUGGAAGACUUCCGAGCCAUCGACCCGCUCUUCGGAACCAUGCAAGACUUUGAGGAUCUCCUGGCUGAAAUGCACAACAAAGGUUUAAAGCUGAUCAUGGACUUCAUUCCUAAUCACACCAGUGACCGACACCGCUGGUUCAACUUGAGCCGGACUAGAGAUCCUCACUACAAGGAUUACUACAUCUGGACCGACUGCAAUGCAACUGCACCGAAGCCUAAUAACUGGGUCAGCGUGUUUGGGAACUCGUCAUGGACUUAUGAUGAAGUCAGAGGACAAUGCUACCUGCACCAGUUCCUGAAGGAGCAACCAGACCUGAACUUCAGAAACCCACAUGUCCGCAAAGAGAUAACUGAUAUUAUUCAUUUCUGGCUGGGGAAAGGAGUGGAUGGCUUCCGGAUGGACGCGGUGAAACACAUCCUGGAGGCUGAACACUUGAGGGAUGAACCACAGGUGGACCCAAACAAACCACCAGAGUCUGUUACUUCAGAGUGGGACCUCCACCAUGACUACACCACCAGUCAGCUUGGCUUGCAUGACCUGCUGAGGGACUGGAGGGCUGUCAUGGACACCUACAGCCGUGAGCCUGGCAGAUACAGGUUCAUGGUGACAGAGUCAUAUGAUUACCACGAGGUGGACAAGACCAUGAUGUACUACAGCACCCCACUGGUUAAAGAAAGUGAUUUCCCCUUUAACUUCUACCUGCUGGACCUGCCUCAGAACACCAGCGGCUUGUGGGUUAAACAUCUAGUCCACCUGUGGAUGGCCAACAUGCCCAGGGGACUGUGGGCCAACUGGGUGGUUGGGAACCAUGACAAGCCUCGAAUUGCCUCCAGUGCUGGUCAGACCUAUAUUCGUGUCAUCAACAUGCUGCUGCUGACCCUUCCAGGCACGCCCACCACCUACUAUGGCGAGGAGAUCGGCAUGGAGAACAUUAAUGUCACGGACAGUCAGAUACAGGACCCUGCUGGCAAAUACAAUGCAAGUGCCAGUCGGGACCCUCAGCGGUCUCCAAUGCAGUGGAGUGCCGACAUGAAUGCAGGCUUUAGCGACAAAAACAACACCACCUGGUUGCCUGUUCACCCUGACUACAGAAGCGUCAAUGUGGAGGUCCAGAAGAAAGAUGAAGGUUCUGUUCUGGCUCAGUACCGUUUCCUAAACACCCUGCGUCAGUCAGAGCUCCCCCUUCACCGUGGGUGGUUCUGCUACGUCCAUGCUGAUUCCAGCGUCUUUGCUUACCUCAGAGAGGUGGACGGGCUUGACCGAGCUUUCCUUAUGGUCCUUAACUUUGGUCAAGAGUCUGUCAUCACAGAUCUCUCCUCUAUUCAUGAGUUACCAGACCAGCUGAAGGUGCUCAUGAGCACACACCAAGUCAACAAUGGCAAGGUGGUGCAAAAGUCUCGUAUUCCGACAGAAGCAGGUGAGGGUUUGGUGAUUCAGUACUCCACCCACACUCGGUUUAAUCCCAACCACGCUGAGCAGUGCUACGUCUCUGAGAAGGCCUGCUAUUUGGGGGUUGUGGACAUCCUUUAUAAAUGCUAAUAUGAAUGGACAAAGGUAUUCAUUACAUUUUCACAACAGCAAUCAAAUCACUUAGAUUCUUAUUUGUCGUCUCCUUUGCAUGUCAAAUAAUAAUAAAAAGAGCCAUU